UGUACACUUCGUAGGUUUCAACUUCCCUUGUGAGCAAUGCCUCAGGACCAGCACGCUUUUUUUUUCCUGUCUCAUGUGUUGGAUGAUUCACCUCAAACACCUAAAUCAUAGUUUUUUGUUUCAAUUUAUAUUUUCAACAUAGGAUUCCUGUUUUCCAACCGACCUCUUUACCAUUCAAUUUCGUGGGGUUUCUGUUGCCACUGUUUUUUUGUCUUUUUAUUAGUGAAGAAACCCAAAAUGGAAAAAAAAAUAUAUAUAUAUAUAUAUUUUUUUUUUUUUUACGGUUAAGACUCUUUUCUUAUCUGUUAUUUGAGAUGAACUUGGAAACUAUGACUUUCCUAUGAGGUUGACGAUUUGCGAGUUUGGCAGCCGAAGGGGUUGAAUUUUUUGGCAUGUUGUGUUUCUUCAAAACAUCUGUGAACGGUUGUUGGCAGAUAAUUAUUGCGUCUACCAGCUCAUAAAAACAGUGACUAUGAGUAAUCUGCAAAAUUUUACUGCAUGACCAUCAAGUGUUCGUAAGAACCUUCACAAUCAGAAGAUCGACAAAUUUUGUUAUUCUCGUUAAUAUUUCUUGGAGAAGGGAAUAGUUCUUUCUAGAUGCAAACGUCUCAGAAACACCCAAGUUCAGCUGGUGUCCAUUUCUAUCACCAGCCUGUGCAAGGCAUUUACCAAAUGUUGCAAAGCAAUCUGUGCCAUGAUAGCAGCAGCCAGGGAACAACUAGCGUUUCUUUUGAAACCUGCAAGGAGCAAUACUUUACUCUGGAAUCAUGCCCUGCACCCACUGCUUUCAUGGAUUGUGAUGAUUCUCCUUCCUAUGCCAGUGUAUCAUCCAAGAGGACUCCAUUUUCUCCACAAGGUUCUCAGUCAUGUUAUUCAGACCACCACCAGUCGUCCGACAAUGCCUAUGGAUCCCCGAUAAGCGGCUUGUCUAGUGUUGAUGACGGGCAUGGACUGAAGCACAAACUUAGAGAACUGGAAAUUUCAUUGUUGGGGCUAGAUGAAUCUGACAUCGUAGACAGUUGUGGCUGCUGCAUGGCCAAGGUUGGCCUUCAAGGAGCAUCUCAGUUGGCUAAACAUGACUGGGAUCAGAUUGUGGAAAAUAUUCCCCAACUUGACUUGAAAGGAGUCCUCAAGGUAUGUGCACAGGCAGUGUCUGAUGAUGAUAUUCCAAUAGCAAGAGGCUGGAUGGACAAUGUAUUAGGGAGAAUGGUAUCAGUUUCUGGAGAUCCAAUCCAGAGGCUAGGUGCUUACUUGUUGGAAGGGCUUAGAGCAAGGUUGGAAUCAUCAGGGAAUCUGAUCUACAAAUCCUUGAAGUGUGAACAACCAACAAGCCAAGAACUAAUGAGUUACAUGCACAUCCUGUACCAGAUUUGCCCGUACUGGAAGUUUGCAUACAUAUCUGCAAAUGCUGUCAUUGAAGAAGCAAUGGCAAAUGAAUCCAGGAUCCAUAUAAUUGAUUUCCAAAUUGCUCAGGGCACUCAGUGGUAUUUACUUAUACAAGCUCUUGCACAUAGGCCUGGAGGACCCCCUUCUCUUCGUGUAACUGGUGUUGAUGAUUCACAAUCGAUUCACGCUCGGGGUGGAGGACUUCAGAUUGUUGGAGAAAGACUAACAGAUUAUGCCAGGUCUUGUGGAGUUCCAUUUGAAUUCCACAGCGCUGCAAUAUCUGGCUGUGACGUUGUGAGAGGAAAUAUUGAAAUUCGACAUGGGGAAGCUCUGGCUGUAAACUUUCCUUAUGUUUUGCAUCACAUGCCAGAUGAGAGUGUGAGCACUGAGAAUCACAGAGAUAGAUUGCUGAGGUUGGUUAAGAGCUUGUCUCCCAAGGUUGUUACCCUUGUUGAGCAAGAAUCCAACACCAACACUUCCCCUUUCUUUCACAGGUUUGUUGAAACCCUCGAUUAUUAUACUGCUAUGUUUGAAUCCAUAGAUGUGGCUUGCCCCAGAGAUGAUAAGAAGCGGAUUAGCGCAGAGCAGCACUGUGUGGCACGAGACAUUGUCAACAUGAUAGCUUGUGAGGGAGUAGAGAGGGUGGAGAGGCAUGAACUUUUGGGAAAGUGGAGAUUGAGACUUUCCAUGGCUGGAUUUAAACAGUGUGCAUUUAGUUCUUCAGUGAUGGCUGCUACACAAAAUCUCCUAAAGGACUUCAAUCAAAAUUAUAGGCUUGAACAUAAAGAUGGUGCUCUUUAUCUUGGCUGGAUGCACAGACAUAUGGCCACCUCUUCUGCUUGGAGGUGAAACUGACCAAUUCAUGCUUUGGCAUCCUUUUUGACCUUUAAUAGUUUACCAUAUAUCCUUAGGACUUGAGAUUUACCUAUGUUCUAUACUGCAUUCUGCAGAAUCUCAAAGCACGUUGUAAAUGUCAAUACUGAAAUUAAAGAAAAACAGACGUCUGUUGUGACUUAUUUUCCUCCCUUCGUUCGCGGGGUUUAGUGUUAUUUAACUAAUGUGAGAUGAGCAAUAUAUUCAUCCUGUUUCCUCGUUUUUUUCCUUGUAAUGACUACUGAAAUGAGAAAUCCCCUACUACUGAUGUACAUGAAGGUUUGGUCUACUACUCUAGUGACUUUACUAUCUCCAAAUUUAUAGUAGUUUCCUAAUUUGAGUCAAAAUACAUCAUUCUACGCGUGUAUAACUUUACUUCUCUUAAAUUUAUUUGCUUUGUAGAAAUAACAUAUUCCUGAAUGUAUAUUGUAUAUCUUGUGAGUUCUCUCAAGAAUGUUCUAAAAAUUUCA